AUGGCCUCCCCAUCCUGCUUCCACUCGGAGGACGAGGACUCUCUGAAAGGAUGUGAGAUGUACGUGCAGAAACAUGGCAUCCAGCAGGUACUCAAAGAAUGCAUCGUGCACCUCUGUGUUGCCAAGCCUGACCGGCCGCUGCGGUUCCUUCGAGAGCACUUUGAGAAGCUGGAGAAGGAGGAAAACAGACAGAUCCUGGCUCGGCAGAAGUCAAACUCACAGUCUGAUUCCCAUGAUGAGGAGAUCUCCCCAUCACCCCCGAACCCUGUGGUAAAGGCGCGCCGCCGGCGGGGUGGUGUGAGUGCUGAGGUUUACACGGAGGAAGAUGCUGUCUCCUAUGUGAGGAAGGUCAUUCCCAAGGACUAUAAGACCAUGACUGCCCUGGCUAAGGCCAUUUCCAAGAAUGUGCUCUUCUCACACCUGGAUGACAACGAGCGGAGUGACAUAUUUGAUGCCAUGUUUCCUGUCACUCACAUCGCUGGGGAAACGGUUAUACAGCAAGGGAACGAAGGAGAUAAUUUCUAUGUGAUUGACCAAGGAGAAGUAGAUGUGUAUGUGAACGGGGAAUGGGUUACCAACAUCAGUGAGGGGGGAAGCUUCGGAGAGCUGGCUCUCAUCUAUGGCACCCCCAGAGCAGCCACCGUGAAAGCCAAAACAGACCUCAAGCUCUGGGGCAUCGAUCGUGACAGCUACAGGCGCAUCCUCAUGGGAAGCACGCUGAGGAAACGCAAGAUGUAUGAGGAAUUCCUCAGCAAAGUCUCCAUCCUAGAGUCCCUGGAGAAGUGGGAACGCUUGACUGUGGCUGAUGCCCUGGAGCCUGUGCAGUUUGAAGAUGGAGAGAAAAUCGUUGUUCAGGGGGAGCCCGGGGAUGACUUCUACAUCAUCACAGAGGGCACUGCGUCGGUCCUCCAGCGACGAUCCCCCAAUGAGGAGUAUGUGGAAGUGGGGCGCCUUGGGCCCUCUGACUACUUUGGGGAGAUUGCAUUGCUGCUGAACCGACCUCGUGCAGCCACUGUAGUGGCCCGGGGUCCUCUCAAGUGUGUGAAGUUGGAACCGGCCCUCGUUUCGAACGGGUCCUCGGCCCCUGCUCUGAAAUCCUGA